UAAUUCUGUUAGUUUUGGUAUCGAAGUGAUGAAGAAAUAGGUUAAAGAUUCAAACUUGGUUAGUAAUAUUUGCUACCCGAGCCUGUGCAUAAUCUCUUGAAGGCUAAUUGCCAAAUUUUGGCCGGGUGACAGCAUUAUUCCUGCGAAGUUUCAAUCUCCGGCUUAGGCAUAUACAUGGAGGUCAGAGUUGAUGAGAUUGAAAAUAUACUUGGAGUGGAGGACCAAGAUGAUAAUCCAAAAAAUUCAUUUAAAGUCUCUCAGGAGAUGGAGAAGUUUCUAUGUGACAGAUUGCUGGACCAAGAGCAACAAAUUUCAGAGCGUUUUAGAGCUCUUUUCUCUCUAAGGAACCUUCGGGGCUCAGGUCCACGAAAUGCCCUUAUUAAUGCGACAAGGGACCCCUCAAAUCUCUUGGCGCAUGAGGCUGCAUUCGCAUUGGGGCAAAUGCAAGAUGCUGAUGCCAUUCCUGCUUUAGAAAGAGUUCUAUUUGAUUUCUCCUUGCAUCCCAUUGUUAGGCAUGAGGCUGCAGAGGCACUUGGUGCAAUUGGUUUAGAAAGUAAUAUUUUACUUCUAGAAAGAAGUUUGGCUUCAGAUCCAGCUCAAGAGGUCCGAGAGACAUGUGAACUGGCUCUCAGUCGAAUCAAAGAGCUGAAGAAUGUAGGAACUGAUGACAGUUCCUCAACAGUGGUGUCGUCACCCUUUCUGUCAGUAGACCCAGCUGCUCCUGCUGCUUAUUCCUCUGUUGAGGACCUAAGAGAAGUUCUUUUGAGUGAAGAAAAGGGCAUGUAUGAACGCUAUGCUGCUCUUUUUGCACUACGAAAUAAUGGUGGAGAGGAAGCUAUCUGUGCAAUUAUUGAAUCUCUAGGUUCAAGGAGUGCUCUAUUAAAGCAUGAGGUUGCUUAUGUAUUGGGUCAAUUGCAGAACAAAAAGGCUUCAGAUGCCCUGUCUAGGACUCUUAAAGAUGUCAAUGAGCAUCCAAUGGUUAGACAUGAAGCAGCCGAAGCUCUUGGUUCUAUAGCAGAUGCUGAAUGUCUUGCACUUUUUGAGGAUUUUGCCAAGGAUCCUGAGCCUAUUGUUUCACAAAGUUGUGAAGUUGCUCUUAGCAUGCUUGAGUUCGAGAAAUCAGGCAAAUCUUUUGAGUUUCUCUUCAUGCAGAUUCCUCAUGUCGAGCAGGUCUCAUAGGAAGAGUGUCUGGCUUUGCCUAAAUGCUUGUCACAUCUGCUGGUCUCAGAAGAUAAUUCAGUUCCAUGUGCAAUUAAAAUUGAUCCAGUUGUAACUGGUUUCAUUACUUAGAAUGUUCGAUUCGGAUUCUUCUCAGGACUUGCUGUACUAGUGUAUGUUCAUGCUAGUUUUGAUGCUGAGGAAGAUGGGACUCUUAGUCAAAAAAGCAUUGAACUUGUGAAGGAAUCUAUUGAAAGCCAGGACCAUACUCUCAAAGUGUAAAAAUGUUCUCUUUUUGGCUGACUUUUUCUUUAGUUAUGACUUAAUUUUUAACUUUUUGGGAGGGACUUACUGUUAUGGAUACUUAACAAUAGAAAUGGGAGAGGAAAUAUAGGCUGCAAGAUUUUGCAGUGAGCAAGUUGUAUAGUUUGUUUCCAUUAGUGGGUUCAAGUUGUGACUUGUGAUCCCUUGUAUAUUUUUGU